AAAGCUCUGAAACUGGUGUUGAAAUCAAAGAUGGCAUCGUCAAUGGUUGAAGACAGUAGUUUCGAAGAUGACCAGCUCGCUUCUAUGUCCACCGACGACAUCGCUAGGGCUUCUCGCCUUCUCGAUAACGAAAUCCGAAUUCUCAAGGAGGAGUUGCAGAGGACGAACAUGGAGUGGGACUCCUAUAAGGAGAAGAUCAAGGAGAAUCAGGAGAAGAUCAAGCUCAACAAGCAGCUUCCCUACUUGGUCGGCAACAUAGUCGAGAUCUUGGAAAUGAACCCAGAGGAUGACGCAGAGGAAGAUGGUGCAAAUAUUGAUCUUGACUCUCAGAGGAAGGGAAAAUGUGUUGUUUUGAAAACAUCUACACGCCAGACAAUCUUUCUGCCUGUUGUUGGGCUCGUUGACCCUGAUAAGUUAAAGCCUGGUGAUUUGGUUGGGGUGAACAAAGAUAGCUACUUAAUCUUAGAUACUUUGCCAUCUGAGUAUGAUUCUCGAGUAAAGGCUAUGGAGGUUGAUGAAAAACCAACAGAAGACUACAAUGAUAUCGGAGGGCUGGAGAAGCAGAUCCAAGAAUUAGUUGAGGCAAUUGUUUUGCCCAUGACACAUAAGGAGCGGUUUCAGAAAUUAGGUAUUCGCCCACCUAAAGGAGUGCUUUUGUAUGGACCUCCAGGGACUGGGAAAACUCUGAUGGCCCGUGCAUGCGCGGCUCAAACAAAUGCCACUUUUCUGAAGCUGGCAGGCCCUCAACUUGUCCAGAUGUUCAUUGGGGAUGGGGCAAAACUUGUCCGUGAUGCCUUUCAGCUUGCUAAAGAGAAAUCUCCUUGCAUCAUUUUUAUAGAUGAAAUUGAUGCCAUAGGCACAAAGCGGUUUGAUAGUGAAGUGAGUGGAGAUAGGGAGGUGCAGCGGACAAUGUUGGAGUUAUUGAAUCAGCUUGAUGGCUUUAGCAGUGAUGAUCGCAUAAAGGUGAUAGCAGCAACAAACCGAGCUGAUAUUCUGGACCCUGCACUUAUGCGAUCUGGUCGAUUGGAUCGUAAAAUUGAGUUUCCACAUCCCACUGAAGAAGCAAGAGCUCGAAUCUUGCAGAUCCACUCAAGAAAGAUGACUGUUCAUCCGGAUGUCAAUUUUGAAGAACUGGCUCGAUCCACAGAUGAUUUCAAUGGGGCACAACUGAAAGCUGUCUGUGUAGAGGCGGGAAUGCUGGCUCUUCGUCGUGAUGCAACUGAGGUGAACCAUGAGGACUUCAACGAAGGUAUAAUUCAAGUACAGGCCAAGAAGAAAUCAAGCUUAAAUUAUUAUGCAUAGGCUUCUCCUCCAAACAUGUCAUUAAAGUUUAAGCCAGAAAGAAAGUAAAGCUUCAAUUACAAGUUUGAUUAUGAGAAGAAAGUGGUUUCUUCAAAAUACAUAUUGCGCUGUAGAAUUUACUCUUUUCUUGGUAUGAUAUUUAUGUCUUUUUUUUUUUUUUU